CGAUGUGAAAAGUAUAAAACUCCCAAGCAUUCCUCUUUUCUUAUUUCUCAUCAUUACACUUACGUCAGCUUCUCCAAUACAAUCUAGAACAUCAAUCACUUAACUACCCAAAUACGCCUUAACAAGCAACCGCAACAAUGCAAUUCACCAGCAUCCUCUUCCUCGCUAUCCAAGCUACCGGCGUCCUCUCAGCUUCCUACGCCGGCAACACAGGCGUCGCUCCCGACCUCUCCAACUCCUCCAUGCCACCCCCAGGCACAGAAUGGGCUCGCUCCUCCGAUAAAUUCAAUCCCCUCACCGCUCGCGGUUGUGUCUCCACUGCCCCUUUCGGAUGUGAUCUCGGCAAAGGCCGCUGCUGGAAAGUCUGCCGUGAUGGCGGACAAUGGUGCUGGACUGCUGGUGGUGAUGGAUCUGGAGACUGGAACACGUGCUCUGAUUGGGGACAAUGCAACCAGCAGCAGUCGUGUGGGCGGAACUGCCACAACGCUGCUGAGUGCGGAUGCAGCUGCUAGAGUAUUCCAGAAAGGGGGGUGAAGGGCUGGAUGCAUGGUUGGUGCUUGGGGAUUAUGGCUGAGCUUGUUUGCACGUUGUCACUCCUUAUUAUUUGAUGUGUAGAGGAUUCGGUUGUUGCUCUUCAUGCUCUUCACGCUCAUUAUGUAUUUUAGUGUCUGCAUACUCUAAUAUAAAAAGUAUUUCACUUUUAUU